UGAGCUUCUUCCUCUCCCACCAAGAAGGUUAGAUGUCACAGAAGCCCUAAACAGCAUCCUAGAGAAGAAACACACUCACUCUCUCUCUCUCUCUCUCUCUCUCUCUGUAAAGAAACAGUUAAUUAUGGCUGCUGUUACAAAUGAGUCAAGGAUAAAAGAAGCUAAUGGUAAUGGUAACGAGAACAAGGCUAUGGAGACAUUGAAAAGUAUGAAAUCCAAGAAAGAAGCCAUCAAUAAGGGAGCAUGGACAGCAGAAGAAGAUAGAAAAUUGGCUGAGGUUAUUUCAAUCCAUGGUGCAAAAAGAUGGAAGAUAAUUGCAGCCAAAGCAGGUCUUAAUAGGUGUGGUAAGAGUUGCAGGCUAAGGUGGUUGAAUUAUUUAAGACCAAAUAUAAAGAGAGGGAACAUAUCAGACCAAGAAGAAGAUUUGAUUCUUAGGCUUCAUAAACUGCUUGGAAACAGAUGGUCCUUGAUUGCUGGAAGAUUACCAGGGCGAACAGAUAACGAGAUAAAAAAUUAUUGGAAUUCUCAUUUGAGCAAGAAAAUAAAUAAGAAAGAGAAAUUACAAAGUGGAGCUAAUUCAGUAGCAGAAGAAUCCAAAAAUGAGAAUAAGACAACAAAAAUUGUUGAAGUGAUAAGGGAAGAGAAUACCACAUCUAGUAAUAACAAUGGAGGUGAAGACUCCAGUAGCAGUUUUAAUGUAGAUGAUUUCUUUGAUUUCUCCAAUGAGGAUCCUUUAAACUUGGAAUGGGUAAGCCAAUUCCUUGAAAUGAAUGACGUGUAAACUUAUCUUCUUCCCCCUUUUUCUCAACAAUGGACAAACAUAAUCUAAUUGGUUGAAUGCAUAUGUGUCUGAAAGAGUUUUUGAGUACUA